GGAAACAACAAUACACACAUCGAAACCGAAACGCACAGACUGCUGAUAAUAUCCGAUAUGCAGUCGGCAGUUACUUUGUAGUUAAGCGUCAAUUGCACUGGAUGGAAAUUUUAUUUGCUCAGCAGACUACCGUCAGAAGACCGAAACAAGUGCGCGAUUGUUUUCUGUAGUGCGAAUGCAUCAGCAGUGUCGACACUAUCUCCGACUGACUAGCAAUAACAUCAACUAUUAUUAUUCGUGGUAUCAUCAACAACAUCCUUAUCGAAGGAACACGCGUCGUGCACUCUUCGGCAGUUUGGUGGCUAUAUCGGCUACCGAGUCAACGGUCAGCGGAGCCUCCACUACACUCGCCAACGGAGUGGCUGGAGUUGACAUUGCAGCAGGCCGACGGAACAGUUUACCAGCGCCUCCCAUCUUCAAACCCUUGCUCAAACACACACAGACGGCGCACAGCGUGUCCAACGGAAGCAUCGGGUCGAACUCAUCUAAUCCAUCGCAGCUGCAGCAGUCGAUCAGAAUGACACACGAUCGGUUCUCGGUGGUAGCAGCAGACCAAGCCAAGCGAACGACAGAGGCACGAGAGAUGCUGAAAAAAGCACAAAUCGUUUGCUUCGAUGUCGACUCGACCAUCAUCACCGAGGAAGGUAUCGACGAGCUGGCGCAGUUUUGCGGCAAAGGCAACGAGGUAGCUGCACUAACUAAAGAAGCUAUGGGUGGCAGUAUGACGUUCCAGGAAGCCUUGAAGCGACGACUCGAUAUUAUCAAACCCUCGCAAAGGCAGAUUCGUGAGUUCCUCAAAACCCGCCCGAGCACAAUUUCCGCUGGUGUAAGGGAGUUGAUCGAUCAACUGCGACAAAACAGUGCCGAAAUCUAUCUCAUCAGUGGAGGGUUCGAUUGUCUGAUUGAACCGGUGGCAGAUGCGCUGGAGAUUCCUUUAUGCAAUCUCUUUGCCAACAAGCUGUAUUUUAACUUCAACGGAAGUUACGCCGGUUUCGAUACCAACCAGGUUACCUCCAAAUCCGGUGGUAAAGGUGAGGCUAUCAACAUCAUUAAGAGCCGCUUCAAGAGCAACAAGGUGGUGAUGAUGAUUGGCGAUGGAAUGACAGAUCUGGAAGCUAGUCCACCUGCAGAUUACUUCAUUGGUUACGGAGGCAAUGCCGUACGAGAUGAGGUCCAGAAACGAGCAACGUAUUAUGUGACAAACUUUGGCGAUCUUCUGUGGUAAAAUAGAACCACGCAAACCUUUGAGAAUCACCUGUAAAUAACUUGCUAAGUAAACAAAUUCUUCACAAAAUAGCUUCAAUAUUAAUUCAUAGAAUCAUGUUGACGUUUAAUUAUUAUUGUUGACAAUAAGUUAGAAAUUAGAUUUAAGAGCAAAGAACAAAUGAAACAUAG